GAAGUUUGCAUAGUAUCCAAAUAUGUAGACAAGCACCGAAAAUCUCUCACUUGUUUUUUGCUGAUGAUAGUUUUCUGUUCCUUCGAGCCACUGAGACUGAAGCCAGAAAUUUAAUGGUUAUUCUGCGAGGCUAUGAAGCUGCAUCUGGCCAAGUGAUCAACUUGCAAAAAUCCUCCAUUACCUUUAGCAAUAACGUGCAACAGAGGACACGAAGCUGUAUCUCCACAGUCUUGGGCAUGAUAGAAGUCGAGCUUCCGGGAAGGUAUCUGGGCCUCCCUACUUACAUAGGCAGAUCAAGAACAACCGUUUUCUCUGGCCUAAAGAACAGAUUCUGGGCACGCAUAAGUGAGUGGCGAGAACAGCCACUAUCUCGCGCUGGUCGAGAAGUUCUCAUUAAAUCAGUGUUACAAUCUCUCCCAACUUACUUGAUGAGUCUUUUCCUCUUACCGGCCUCUCUAUGUACCGAUCUGGAGCGUAUUAUGAAUAGAUACUGGUGGGGAGGAGGGGAGGACGACCACAAGAUCCAUUGGAUGGAAUGGAAGAAGCUUGCCACCUCAAAGAGAACAGGGGGCUUAGGCUUCCGAGCUAUGCGAGAUUUCAACCUAGCGAUGCUAGGAAAGCAAGGCUGGAGGCUCUUAACAUACCCGGAUUCCUUAGCAGCGAGACUUAUGAAGGCAAAAUACUUUCCCCGUUCGGACGUGCUUCAUGCAGAGCUAAAAUCUCCCUGUAGUUUCACCUGGCGCAGCAUCUGGUACUCAGCAACUCUGUUAAAGCAAGGUUGUAGACGCCUGAUUGGAGAUGGUCGAAGUACAAAGAUAUGGGGUGACCCCUGGCUCCCUGGCAAUAUGCAAUUUUAUGUUCAGUCACCCCGGCCUCAUGGGUGUGACCUUCGGUUUGUAAGUGAACUAAUUGAUGAAGAAACGAACUCGUGGCGAAGAGAUUUGGUCCUUGAGACUUUCACUGCACAUGAAGCUCAACUGAUAUUAGCCAUGCCUUUGAGCUGGAUGAGGAGGGAAGAUAGCUGGAUGUGGCACUUUACCAAGCAUGGUAAUUACACUGUCAAAUCUGGUUACUAUAGAGCUCCUGGUAUGGCAAGGUCCCAUGAUGGGUCGUCCGCAUCCUCAACAGUCUUUGGAGGCAACCGGAUAUGGUCCCUUAAUAUCCCAGAAAAGGUGCGCUUGCUUGUUUGGAGUGCUUACCAAAAUGUUAUCCCUACAAAGGACAAUCUCCAUAAAAAACAUGUUGAUGUGGACUUGGAAUGCCCGUUGUGUGGGGUGGAGAGGGAAUCUGUUUUCCAUUGUUUUGUCUCUUGUUCCCUAGCCCGUGCAGUAUGGCUAGGUUGUCCUUUAAACCUGAGGGUCUCUGAACUCCCUGGGGAUGACUUUGCAAAUUUUUUUGAUACCACAGCCAGCGUCUUAGGGGCAGAGCAGCUAGAACUUGUCUGUCUGUUGUGUUGGAAUUUAUGGACAUGCCGGAAUGCUGCUCUCUGGAAUAAUUCUCGCAUUAACCCACAGCACAUCAUCCAGCGCACUAUGCACUUUAUGAGGGAAUAUAGGACAGCUAUACUAUCGAGAGGCAGAGGGGCAGCAGUAGUGCAGCAAGCUAGUGAAACCAGAUGGCACCCUCCAGAUCCCGGAUUUAUAAAGUUAAAUGUAGAUGGAGCAAUAUCUGUCCAGAACAGAUGUUUUGGUAUGGGUGCUUUGGCGCGUAACCAUGCAGGGGCGGUACUUGCAGCUAUGGCAUGCAAAGGCCAGGGGGCAGUGGAUGCUGCAGUGGCUGAAGCCUGCAAAUCCAUAAGUGCAGAGACAUGUCGAACUCUAGCUCAUCUCAUCAACCUAAAGAUAAACUAGGUCUAUCUUUGGUGUUAAAAAUCAAGGAUUUCCGAGAAGAAAAAAAUGAAAUGAAAAACUGAAU